CGUCUUUCCGAACGCAUCCUUAGGUUGUUACUCAUGCUGGGAAACGAGUACGCUUCAACAAGAUGGCUCUGUCGUAAUACGACAAACGAUUUUGCAAAAUAUACAAACAAUAAUCGUGCGAUCAAGAUUUUUGUUGUGACUAAAGUAUAAGAAAGUUAUUUGAGAAUGAGUGCCAGACUGUUGAAAGAUCCUGCUACAGCAUCAAGUCGCAUCUUUGUGGGUCAUUUACAAACUGAUGAUGUCACAAGAUUAGAGUUAGAGGAGCAUUUUGCUAAAUAUGGCACUGUCAUAGCAGCAUUGAUAAAUAGAGGCUUUGGAUUUGUACAAUUUGAAGAUGAACAAUCUGCUCAAAAAGCUAUUCAAAAUGAAGAUGGCGCAAUGUUUAAAGGCAGACGCAUAGAUGUCAGACCAGCAAAGAAAGAUAAUCAAUCUGGAAAUGUUAAUGCAAAGCAAAUGGGUGGAUUAAACAAUCAAUUCAAUUCCAUGAAUAAACAGUUUAAAAAUACAAAUGAUCAUUUUAAUGCAAAUAAACCACCUUUUACUGGAGGGAAUACAAGUUUUAACAUAAAUCAGGGCUUUGGGAAUGAUAAUUCGUUUGGUAACAACCAAAAAGAAUUAAAUUCUGAAAAUAGAAGUGGUGAAAACGUCCACUUUGAUGAUGGAAAUCAAGCUAGAGAUGGUGACAAAGACCAGUUUAAUGGAAAACACAACAAUAACAGUGGAAAUGACCAUUUUAAUAAUCUUGCGCAAAAUCGAGGAAACAAUCAGUUUAACUUAGGUAAUCUGAAUCGUGGACCGGAUCAAUUUGGAAAUCAAAACAGAGGAAUCAACAACCAGUUUGGAAACAAUCAGAUGGGAAAUCAGAACAGACCUGGGGGGAAUCAAAAUCGAAAUCAAAAUAAUCAGGGAAAUAACCAAAAUGCCGGUCUAGGUACCGGAGGUACCUUUAAAGCACGAGGCACAAGAGGUGGAAAGAAUAAAAACAAAAAUAAUCACAACGCGAACACGAACAAUUUCAGAGAUCGGAGCCCGAUUAAUAGGGGCAAUCGAAUAGACGAGAAAACUACUACGAGAGACUGGGAUCAUAAGCAAGGAGAUAGACGCGGUAACAAUUUCGGUAGAGACACUUUUAACGACACCGGAAACCGUUACGAUGAUUUUAAAACUACUGGAACUAGAGAUACAAAUGCGAGUUUCGGGAGCGGGAGCGCAUCAUCUGAUUAUCUUGCGGCCGAGAAGAACGAUUGUGAAAUCAUCGUUGUCAAUAAAACAUUAACAGAAUAUGCAGAAGCCAUUGAACUACGAUUGAAGAAGAUCGGUUUAUCGGUAGAUCUGCUAUUCCCAAACGAAGAUGUUUUCUUAAGUCGUGUUUUAGGAAACCUCGCGAGCCGCGGUUGUCUGUACGCUGUGGUAGUUACACCCAUCAAUCAAGAGCACCAUUCUUUAACACUGAAUAUCUUACAUGGCUUACCGCAAGAACACAGAAAUAUGCCCGUUGAAGAUGCUAUAAACUUGAUCUCGAGAGAUUUUACGAAUUAUAAGGCAGGUGGACGUUCAGUGCCGCUGAACACACCUCUGGCGAGCGAACGUCAUCCGGACGCUAUACAAGUUCUUCUAAAUAUGUUGGCUGAUAAUCAUCAACUGACAGUUCUCCAAUAUGACCGAGUCAUAAAAUAUCUCGAUAUGAAACGCGAGGAACAAGUGCAAGUGGAGUUGGGUGACGCAAAGGAUAUGGCAGUGACGACAACGCUCGCGGUUAACGAUCCGAAACAAGCUGAAUUACAGACAAGAAUAUUGAACAUCUUGAACAGCAGUAAAACCAGCACGUCAACUGCUGAUCCUACUCCGGUACCAGCGCCAACUUCGGUGCCGACACCGGUGCCUCCAGCUAACUGGGCAACAGCAGCAUCGAUCACUGCCACUACGUCAUCUACAACAACCACUUCCACUGGAGUUUCACCGUCGCCACUCCUAAACGAUCCGACAGUUCAGAAAGCUCUCGACAGUCUGUUGCAAGGAAAUCUGUUGAAAAACAUCGGCGAUCAGCAACCACCCGCGACUACAGCGCCGUUGUUCGCAGCUUUCUCCAACAUCGGCAGAUUUUAAUCGCACCGCAGAUUUUAUUGCAUCGGGAACUUUUUAACCUUUAGAAUUCUUUAUAUCCUCCUGAUUUUAUUCCGUAUUAAAUACGCAAUUAUGGAAAACUUGUUGUCAAUAAGGGAAACGUCAAAUAGCAUAUUGAACGUAAUAAAUAAUAUUUUAGUACAUUGUAUAUUGCUCGUGUAAAAUGAUAAAUUUAAGACAGAAAAUCUAUGGUUACUUUAUAUAUAUAUAUAAAAAAACACGGCAAUUGCAAUUCAUAUGUGAUUAAUAUUACUAUUUGCAGUAUCCAUAGUUUAUUCUUCUUCACAUUGAAAGAAUUCUAUCUUUAAAAACAACUGGAUAUGUUUUAAUAGACCUUGCACUUUAUUUAUUAGAGAUAUUUCAUAUAAAUACAAUAAAAAUGCUUUAUGUGAAUGAAUUUAUAAAAUACAUACAUACAUACAUACAUACAUGCAUAUAUAUAUAUAUAUAUAUAUAUAUAUAUACACACAUACAUACAUACAUUGUGUGAAAAUAUUUUUGUUCACAAAAGCAAGAGCUUGCUUAUUUCUCGCUGAUACAUUUUUAUGUAAAAAUCAGUUUUUAUACAGUUUAGAAUGAUAAGUGUUAGAUAUAAUAUUACAUAUGCGAUAUAGUUAAGGACACGCUCUUUUAUUGUAUCGAAGCUACGUACUUUAAUCGUCGUGUUCCUCUAUGCCGGAUAUUCUGAUAUCCUUCUCCCACCCCUAAUAUAAUUGUUUUCCUUCUCAUCAUAAUAUUAAAAGUUAUUAUAAUGUUAUAGACGAGAACUUAGUCCACACAUAUAAAUCAAUGUUGCAUAAAGCAAAUGUAUUUUUAAGUCCUUUCCAAUUAUUACUGUUAGAAAUCGUACAAAAAUUGAUAAGUUCUUGGCUUAUAUAUAUGAUAACUUUACAAAUACAUAGCGUUUCUUUGAAGUAAGAAUUAUUUUAAUACCUGAUUUUUUAAUACUUAAUAUUUGAAACUGUUUCAGUUUCAGAUUGUAUCUCACCCUGAAGAAGCAAGCUGAAAUGUUUAUGAAAUAUUGGAAACAAAUUUAUGAAGAACGCGUCAUCAACUCGGAUUGAGCACCAAAUUGAUUAUUUUAAUACUUUUUGAUUGAAUUGUUCCUUAAAACAUAAUUAAAAGUUUUUGUUUUUUGUGCAUAAUUUGAAUAUAGACAUGUAAGGCGUGUAAGGCAUGUUUUUCAUAGCAAAGGAAGUGAAAUCACAUGUAAAGACGAGAAGAAUCUGAUUGGUUACGCCAUAUUGUUAGCCAUUUCGAUAUGUCAAAUAAACACGUGCAACGUG